AUGGCUGUACCCAAAACCGCCAUCCCGUCCUUGUCAGAAUGCCAGUGCCUCAUCUGUCUGGAAAUCCUAAUCGAGCCCAUAACGCUGCCUUGUAACCACACGCUCUGUAACCCAUGCUUCCAAUCGACUAUCGAGAAGGCGAGUUUAUGCUGUCCCUUCUGUCGCCGCUGGAUCUCUUCGUGGACCCGAUACCAUACCCGAAGAAAUUCUCUUGUCAACAUGGAACUGUGGGAAUUAAUCCAAAAACACUAUCCAAAGGAAUGCGAGCUUAGAAUUUCUGGGCAGGAAUCAGAGGAAAUCGUUGAUGACUGUCAGCCAGUUCGCUUAUUAAGUAGACCCGGGGAAUUGAGAAGAGAAUAUGAGGAGGAGAUAAGCAAGGUGGAGGCAGAGCGACGAGCCAGUGAGGAAGAAGAAAACAAAGCCAGUGAAGAAUACAUACAGAGAUUAUUAGCAGAGGAGGAAGAGGAGGAAAAACGACAGGCAGAAAAAAGGCAAAGAGAGAUGGAAGAACAACUGAAACGUGAUGAAGAACUAGCAAGGAAGCUAAGCAUUAAUAUUAACAAUUUCUGUGAUGCAAGUGUCUUGGCUUCUCCCUUGAAUUCCAGAAAAUCUGCUACAGUCACAACCAAGUCUCAAAAGAAAAGUAAGAACAAACAAACAAACACUGGAGAUAUUCAUAAGUAUUUGUCACCUAAAUCUCAGUUUCAGUCAGCAUCACAGUUUGAAAUUGUACAAGAAAGGAGGAAGGACUCCACGUCUAAGGAAACUGACAGUAGUGUUGUAAAGAGCCCUACAUGGCAAGAUACAGAAAUUGAGGAAGAUAUGCCAACCGUUUCUCAGCAAAUAUGCGUGGAAAUUCAAGAACAAGGUGAAAAGUCUUCAGAGUCACCUAUGCCUCAGUUAUGUGCCAGUGGUGGAGCAUGGUGCCUUGAAGGAGAAGUCAAAGUGAGACCAACGAAUGAUGAUAAAGAGUUAAGUGUCCUAAAUCAUGAGGCACCUGAAGGCAGAGUUCCCUGCUCUGGGGAAGCUGCAGUUAAGCCUUAUGGCAAAACAGAGAGUGGGUGCCCUAUAUCAGGUAUGACACAGAAAUUUGGAAGUAAUACAGCUGAGACAGAAAAUGAAGAGUCUUGUCUAUCGAUCAGUAAACAUACUUCCAAAAGAAAAAACCCAGAAUGUGAAGCAGUCAGGGAUCCAUGCGUUUCUGCAAAAAGAAGGAAAAUGUUCCCCGAAGCCUCCUCAGAUCAAGAGGAAACAGAAAUCAACUCUACCCCAAAACUGAUAGAUUUGGAACACUUACUUUUUGAGAGACAUAAACAAGAAGAACAGGAUAGGUUAUUAGUGUUACAGCUUCAGAAAGAAGUGGAUAAAGAACAAAAGAAGCCAAACCGGCAAAAAGGAUCCCCAGAUGAGUAUCAUCUACGUCCUACAUCUUCACCUCCAGACAAAUUGUUAAAUGGACAGAGGAAGAAUUCCAAAGAUAGGAACUUCAAACAAGAGACUGAUACAGAGCAUUCAAAAUCUCAGAGAGGCUCAAAAAACGAAAAUUGGCAGCCGUCUUUUAAGAUCCAGUUGAAACAUUCAGUUAAUGGGAGAAAGAUGCCAGAUUCUUCUAGAGAUAAUUGUAAUGUAUCUAAAAGUUCCCUACAGCCUAGUAAGUCACAGAAAAGUAUUUUUCAGAUGUUUCAGAGAUAUACAAAGUAAUGCAUGGGGAGA